GCAGCUGCUGCAGAGCAGACAGGAGUAGUCAUGGACCUGUCCACCAGCCUGAUCCUGGUGGUUCUCACCACGGUUCUGCUCUGGCUGCUGAACCGCAGGAACAGCAGGAAGCAGCAUUUGCCCCCGGGCCCCCCCGCACUGCCCCUCAUAGGAAACCUGCUGCAGCUGGACAAGAAGAGACCCUUCAGGACCAUUGUGGAGCUCAGUAAGACCCACGGUCCUGUGAUGACCAUCUACAUGGGCUGGCAGAGGGCCGUGGCCCUGGUUGGUUAUGAUGCGGUCAAAGAGGCUCUGGUGGACCAAGCAGAUGACUUUGUGGGGAGAGCGCCGCUGCCGUUUCUCUAUAGAGCUACCAGAGGAUACGGGAUCGGGAUCAGCAACGGGGAACGCUGGCGCCAGCUGCGGCGCUUCGCUCUGACGACGCUGCGGGACUUUGGGAUGGGACGGAAAGGGAUGGAGCAGUGGAUCCAGGAGGAGAGCAGACAUAUAAGAGCGAAGAUAAACACCUUCAAAGGAAAACCCUUUGACCCCACAUUCAUACUGAGCUGCACCGUGUCCAACGUAAUCUGCUGCUUGGUUUAUGGAGAGCGCUUUAACUAUGAUGACAAGCAGUUCUUGGAGCUUCUCCAGAUAAUUUCUGAGGUUCCACGCUUCAACAGCAGCCCCAUGGGAGCGAUGUACAAUCUCUUCCCGUGGCUCAUGGAGCGUCUUCCAGGUCGUCAGCACACAAUCUUUGGCUACAUUGAAGACAUAAGAAAGUUUGCCAAAAAUAAGAUCCAAGAACACAAAGACAAGCUGGACCCAAGUUCCCCGAGAGACUUCAUUGACUGCUUCCUUCUCCGCAUGGAUCAGGAAAAGGACAAUCCCACAUCUGAGUUCCACUAUGAGAACCUGGUUUCUACGGUUCUGAAUCUGUUCCUGGCAGGAACAGAAACCACCAGCUCCACCAUCAGAUACGCUCUGAGUGUGCUGAUCAAACACCCCAAAAUCCAGGAGAAAAUGCAGGAGGAGAUCGACUCUGUCAUCGGGAGAGAACGAUGCCCCUCCAUGGAGGAAAGGAAGUCCCUCCCCUUCACAGACGCCGUCAUCCACGAGGUGCAGCGCUUCAUGGACCUCACACCUUUCAGCCUCCCUCACUAUUCUCUGAAGGACAUUUCAUUCAGAGGUUACACCAUCCCCAAGGACACCAUGAUUUUUCCCAUGCUGCACUCUGUGCUUAGAGAAGAUAAGCUGUGGUCAUCUCCCUGGUCCUUCAACCCCCAAAACUUUCUGGACCAGAACGGAAACUUCAAGAAGAACCCUGGAUUUGUGCCGUUUUCUGCAGGGAAAAGAGCCUGUGUUGGAGAGUCUCUGGCUCGGAUGGAGCUCUUCCUCUUCAUCGUGUCUUUCCUGCAGGAUUUCACCUUUUCUGCCCCAAAUGGCCCCGACAGCAUCAACUUGGUUCCAGAGUACAGCAGCCUCGCCAACCUGCCUCGCAGGUACGAGCUCAUCGCCACUCCACGCUGAAGGAGCAGGUCCACCCAGGAGCUUCAAGAGUUUGAUGACUCAUCAAAUCAACAAACAGUCUUCAGUUUAGAUUUCUACCACUAAGUUCUCCCCAUUUCACACACACAGGUUUGCCCGUUUGAAGUAUUUAAAGGCAAUUUCUAUAAACUAACAGGUUAUUAUUUGUUAUCAUUCUUUAUGACCGCAUUUGUAGAACGGGCAAAACAAACCUCUAAAUCCUUUGUGCAAUAAGAUCCUUUCUUGUGUGAAUGAGUCAUGCCUCAUUUGUUGUGUAUUAAUAUGAAUCUGAAAACCAAACCAGCUUGAGUAAACAUUGAAGUGUCCUUCAAAGUCCCCAUCGAAAAAGCGUUUUACUCGACUGUUUCUAUGUAUUUUGAUUGAUUCUUGUUGCUUGUUUUACUUCAGAAAUACCUUUUAUAACGUUCCAAAACAUUUAGGAAUUUUGAUGUUUAAAAAAAACAAAAAUAAAAAUAUUGUACAUAUUC